AGGCGUCUCUUGAUUUUUUGAUUCUUCCUCUUCGAAACUUUUGAUGAAGACUGGAACUUCAGAAGACUGAAUUGAAAUAAAAUAAUAUUUGAAGUUCAGCUGAACUUUAUAUACCAUAAAUUUUGAGUUUUGAUUCAUCUUCCGGUUGUGAAAUUGUACAGAUUUUCGCGAUUAUCGCCAUUCUUGGAUUAGGUAAUAUUCAUCAAAUUCUGUAAUCAAGAACUUUUAUCAUUCUAUAUUGGUAAUCUAGAUCUUUACAUAUUGGUAGUUAGCUUGCUUUGAAUAAAAUAUAAUGAAUAACGGCGUAGAAGGCGUGUUUUGUACUACACUGGUCAACCAGUUAACGGAAAGUAACAUUAGGGUGAGAACCUACGAUGACAACAUGAACAAUCUUGCUGCUUCGGUCGAUGCAGUUAAUGUUGCAAUACUCCAAGUCGAUUCAAAAAUAGAUACGAUGACCACUAACUUGAACAAUGAAAUGGCCGAGUUAAAAGCAAGAUACAAAUCGCAUGAACGUAUCCUGUACGGCGCUUAUAGUUUGGGUGGCUUAGUUGUUGCUGGCGUUGGCGUGAUCUCUUAUUUAUGUUUUAAACAUUUCAAAACUGAUGCUUUAAAUUUCCUUAAAGAAGCGUUAGCAGACUUUCAGCAAAAAGCUGCUACCAAAAUUAAACCAGACAUUCCUCAGAUUGAAAUUCCCCCACUUCCUAUGGAUUUUCCCCAAAUUCCUGUACCAUAUCCAAAAAUUCCGAUCACGUUACCUCCAAUAAACUAAGUUAUAUUUUUACGAUGUUUUGUAUAUUUCGUAUGAUAUUCUUUGCAAGGUAAUAUACCUAUAUACAUACCUA